AUGGGAAUUGCAAAGGAGGUGAUUCAAAGAGCUAGAGAGAGGAACAUCUUGAAAGAUGAAGAUAUGGUCAAACCAAUGAAGACCAAACCGGAAACUCUUUCACCAAAGCCAAGGCAAACAAGGAAAUCAACACCUUCCUCUGGUGCUCAAAAGCCUAUCCCACCACCAAAGCCUCAAUCCAAACCAUCCAGUGGAGCUAAGAAGAGGAAAAAAGGGAAACCAAGAAGAUUUUAUGUGGCAACCAUUGCGGAAGUGGAGACUAAAUCAGAUGAAGCAGUGAGAGAGGUCAAGAAGAGUGCUACUACUGCCAGGGUUGUCAAGAUGCAACCAUCCGGAGAAAGUCAGCGUAGCAAGAAGCCAAGAGUUGAAGUUGAACAAUCCGACAUAACUCUUAAGCAAGUGAAGGAAACAAUAACAGAACAAGGUAAUCUCAAAUUUCUUUCUCAAUUUUAUGAUCGAUUGGAUGAGAAAGGGAAGAGAUCACUAGAAGAGGCUACAAUUGUAUAUUUGAAUAAGUAUAGCAGGGCACUUAUAGAAAUUGCAUCUGAAGUUCCUAAAAAAAUUUAUGAUAUUUUGGAUUUGAGAAAAGAAACUGCUAGAAUAGAAAAGGAGAGAAUAAGGGAAUAUGAGCUAGUGCAACUCUGUCGGGUAAUUGCCAAGACAAAAGUUGACAAAAUUCUUAAAGAAAAUAAAGAAAGAUUUAGAAGCAAAACCAAAGUAAACAAAAUAAUGAUUGGGAAGAAUGAGGAUGUACACAAGGAGACACAGGAAAUUUUGAGGGAAAUACUUAAAAAGUAUGAGUAUGAUGUAGUUCCUGAGAAAUCUCAAGAAAUUGUUCAAAAGUCUAUUCCGAAAGUCCUUGAAAUGCCACCCAUAGGAGAUGGGCCAAAAACUGCAAAACCAGAUGAACAGACAAAUGAACAAGUUACUGUUGCAGAUGAUAUUGAUGACAGUCAGAAUAUUGUAGACUCAGGUGAAGCAGCCCAAAAUCCUUUAGUCAUGACUGUUGAAUUAGAGAAGAAAGUUGAGGAGGUUGGUAAUGAGAAGGGAGAGGAUACAAAGAUGGAAGAGAAGGAGAAGGAUGAAGACAAGGAUGAACAGGUUCUAAUGACAAGAGACACUAUGGAAUCUGAAAAAGGGCAAGCAAAUAAUAAGCAACAAAAAUCUCAUCCAAGGAACUAUAAAUCUUAA